CAGCAAACCACAGUGAGAGCCAUUAUCCCCAAGUGGUGAAACAUGGAAGAGCGGUGAACCUUCCCAGGAGUGGCCGGCCAACCAAAAUAACCGGAAGACUGCAGCGAUGCAACAUCCGAAUAAUUGCAGGCCUCACUUGCCACAGUUAAGUGUGGGCGUAUCAGGUUUUCCUUGUGUAGGUGGAGGACAUUGAUGUUGCAUCCGGAUGUGGUUCAGGACAUCUUGCUGGUAGUGCGUCAAAGGUGAUCCGUGAGGCCUUUUGUUGUCGCUGGCGACUGCUGCAAAAUCGGGGAAGCAGUGGACGCACACGGACGUCUCAGUAGGUCCUCGCUGACCCCUGACCCCGUGGCCCCGCUUGUCGACGCACUCCUGGUCGAGGAUGAUUCUGGCUCUGCUUCCUCUCAGGAAUAGCACCACGGCAAAACACAGACUGGACAGCAGCAGAACCAAGCACAGAGCGAGGAGGGAGUAGAUGAGGACGGUGGGGUCUUCCGCCGGGAACCCUUCGGAAUUUGGAAGGUGUGAGGGUUGCAGGGGUAUGCUGGAGCCUAUCCCAGCUGACUUCAGGCAAGACACGGGGUGCACCCUGGACUGGACCGUGGAAGGAAACCCAAGCUUGCACGGGGAGAACAUGCAAACUCCACACAGAGAUGUCCAACAUGCUAACCAUGCUAACCACGUCCGAAAUGACGACUGAAAAAAAAGGUCUCCUCCCAUUCCUUGUGGAAGUGGUGUGGUACAAUGCUGGAAGGCUACUCCCCUGUUGGGCAGGCCCUGCUGGGCACUCUGUUCACUUGGGGCCUGACUGCUGCUGGAGCAGCGGUGGUGUUCAUCUUCUCCAGUCGGCAGAAGCACGUCUUGGACGGAAGUUUAGGAUUUGCAGCAGGGGUAAUGUUGGCCGCUUCCUAUUGGUCUUUGCUGGCGCCAGCAAUCGACAUGGCCGAGGAUUCUGGGAAGUACGGCUCACUUGCUUUUCUUCCUGUGGCCAUUGGAUUCACACUCGGGGCAGCUUUUGUUUACUUUGCUGACGUCGCCUUGCCCUUGCUGGGUGUAUGCGCCGACCCCCACAUUGCCUUGGCCCUUGCUUCAGAAUCCAAGAUGGUCAAGGAGAAAGCAGAGGAUCAAUUGUAUCCAUUGUCUGAAUCGCAAGCCAUCAAGAUAGGUAGAGCUGGACCUCACUCAGAGGAGGGUCUUCAGCUCCCGAGGAAGAGAGUAUCUCAUUGGGAUGGCUCAGAUGUUCAACAAAGAGAAAACAAACAUCCAGAAAUGGCUGGACGUUCAGGGAGCAGCUGGAGACGCAUCCUCCUACUCAUCCUCGCCAUCACUAUUCACAACAUCCCAGAGGGCUUGGCUGUGGGUGUUGGAUUUGGAGCCAUUGGAAAGACUCCAUCUGCUACUUUUGAGAGUGCAAGGAAUUUGGCAAUCGGUAUUGGUAUCCAAAAUUUCCCAGAAGGCCUUGCAGUGAGUUUGCCGCUUCGAGGGUCCGGGGUCUCAACAUGGAUGGCCUUCUGGUACGGCCAGCUGAGUGGGAUGGUGGAGCCCAUUGCUGGGAUGCUGGGCGCCGUCGCCGUGGUGUUGGCUGAGCCUCUGUUACCAUACGCGUUGGCGUUUGCUGCUGGGGCGAUGGUUUACGUCGUGGUUGAUGACAUCAUACCGGAGGCUCAAGUCAGUGGGAACGGGAAGCUGGCGUCCUGCACCGCUAUCCUGGGCUUUAUAGUGAUGAUGUCACUAGAUGUGGGGCUGGGCUGAAUCGCCGUGACGACCAGCAGCGCCUCCACAGCCAUCAUCGCCACGACGCUGCUGACCUCAGCGGCAAAGAAGGGGACCAAAUCAAGUAUUGCACAUUUUGACACUUUUCCACAGUACAGCACCGAGCCUGAUGCCAUAGUGAACCAUUCUCACUAAAUGACUAGUCUUUGUAAGAUGUACAAUUCAGGGGUUCAAAGUUUAUACACCAGAAAUGACGGUACUUUGUCUAAUGUCCAAAUAUUGGCACGUACAGUAUGGACCUAACUGUCACUUAUUUGCUGUGCAGUGGAAAAGUACUCAUUUUUUUUCAAUGGUCUUUAGUCAAUAUAUACUUUGAAAAAAAAGAAGAAAAAAAACUUUUUAUCAUUUACCUCAUGGUGGCAAUACUUGAAGUCUGUUUUUGUUCAACGUCAACAGAAGCAGUUAAUGAUUUCUUUGUAGAAGGAUUUCAUUCUACAUGCUGUUUUCAUGCAAUGCUGCAAUAUGCAGAUAUAAAACGGGGCAUAUGUGGGAUUUCACAAUUUGUUGUUUUAUCCUUUUAUUCAAUGCAACACGAGUGAAAACAAUAUCCUUUCCAAAUAAAUAUAGUGCCUUCA